AUGCAGACUCAGGACUUUGGGGACCGGAGGCGAAAUACCCUCGUUGCUCCUACUGAACGCGAUGUCGCGUUCCAAGGUCUACCGGCUGAGCACGAAUCGCUCUUGAAAGAAACGUUGUAUCCUGAUGACGCCUACAGCCAUCAAACUUACUGGGCCGAUUUACCCACUGGUGAACGUACCAAAUGGAUCAACCAGCAGCACAGCGCAGAAGCCAGUCGAGAAGUGAAGGAGAUAUGGGUGAUGUUCAAAGACGAUCCUCUGGCCCCAUUCUACAGAUACCUCCGCAACUACGCUGUUACUGGAGUUGGCUUCUUCACUGAAGGAUACGUGUUAUUCUCCGUUGGAAAUGUUCUACCUCUGCUGGAGGUGGUCUGGCCACGUUGCUGGGACGAGCACGAGAUCUGCAACAAGACCAUGGUGCAGGCGAUCAGCUACAUGGAGAUCCUGGGUAUCAUAGGCGGCCAAAUCAUGGUUGGUAUCAUCGGCGACUGGAUCGGCCGGCGCUGGGGUCUCAUUCAAGAUGCGGUCAUCAUGUUGACCGGAGCUAUUCUGCUCACAUCCAUGUGGGGAGUCACCUUGUCCGGUUGGACCGUGAUGUACGGAAUCAGUCUCUUCUGGUUUUCAAUCGGAGUGGGGGGCGAGUAUCCCAUGACCUCGUCUACGGCGAUGGAAGGGAUUCAUGGUGCGGCAACCUCAAGACAAGAUCGCCUACAUCGAGGACGCUCCGUCGCGUUGGCAUUCUUGAUGCAAGGUUGGGGCCAGCUGGGAAACCAGUUGGUUCUCAUCGUGGUCAUGCUCAUCUUCAACCAUAGCAUCAACCCUCAAUACGGCAAGGCCGCAGCGCAAGCAACCUUUCGAAUCUCCUUUGGCAUUGCUGUCCUGUGCCUGCUUCUCUUCCUGUACAUUCGUGUCUACAAGCUGAGGGGAGUGGAUGAUUCUCUCAAGGCUUCCAGGAAGAAGGGUCAGAUUACCGGAUACGACGUCACCUCUCUAAAACUCACAAUGAACCACUACUGGCACCGACUGCUAGCGACAAGUCUAUGUUGGUUCUGUAACGACUUCCCCUUCUACGGCAACCAGAUCUUCCGAAACGUCUUCCUCCAGAUCGUUACGUCCAGCUCUGACGAAGUGGGGACAUUGUGGCUGUACAACCUCAUCAACAUUGGAUGUGAGCUUGUGGGAUAUUACUUGGCCGCCCUUUUGAUGGACCACAAGUUAUACGGGCGCAAGAGGAUGCAAGCUGUAGGGUUCAUCAUGUCCUUCAUUUUGUUCAUCAUCGCCGCGAUUGCCUAUCCAGUGCUCAACGUCAAAGGAGCAGGGGGGAAAGCAUUUGAAUUUAUCUACUUCUUCAGCAGCUUCUGGAUCCAGUUCGGACCCAACUCCACCACCUUCCUGAUUGCCGCAGAAGUGUAUCCGGCACGGGUGCGGGGCACGGCUCACGGUAUCAGUGCUGCUGUAGGCAAGCUGGGCGCGCUGGCUGCAACCGUCCUCUACAACUACAUUGGCGGAAGGACGAAAUUCUGGGUCGUGAGCUGGUUCGGGCUCAUCGGUUUCAUUCUGACAAUGCUGUUCAUCCCCGACACGACCGGUUUGGAUCUCCGUGAGCAGGAACGAUACUGGCAUUUCGUGCGCGAAGGCAGGCCUCAAGACUACCAUGGCAUCGCCGUCCAUCCUCGGCACCUUAGCUGGUACGAACGGGUCGUCCUGAAGAGACAUCUCGGGUACAAUGCCGGUUUGGACCGCCAGGAUCGAAUCAACGAGCUGCGUGAGCUCUAUGAAAAGGUCGAGGGCAACAAAGGUGCGGAGACGGACGAGGAGAAGACGUUGCCAGGCACUAAUGAAGCCGAUCUGGACGACAAUGUCAGCAGGUACUUCGAGCUGGAAAAGACAAGUGCGAAGACGCAGUCCUCGUGA